CCUUCCUGGAAUUCUUGCUCGUUCCUAGGACAUGACUGGCAGCAACCGUGUUGCUCCAGAAAGUGCUCUCAACUGUCAGAUGUGUUUGUGGCUCUGCAAAGCACAUGGUGACCGUCUGAGCCGGCAGAACCGGCUUUUCUGCCUCCCGGGAUGUCAACAAGCCUUGAGAGGCUGGGAGGAGCUGCUGGGAAGCUUUUGGAAGGCCGAGACCCCGGCCCUGGGUGAAGCCUGCUUGGGUGGCGGCUCAGGCUCUUCCCCCUGGCCUUGGCUCCCAGCAGGUUGGACUGCUAUGGAAUAUGAUGAGAAGCUGGCCCGUUUCCGGCAGGGCCACCUCAACCCAUUCGACAAGGCCCCGCUGCAGAAUCAGCAGGAGCAGAAGAGAGCCGGAGAGGAUUUUCCCCAGAAAGAUGUGAAUCUGGGGUUGUCUCUGGAGGAUCCAGUGUUCCCUUGCUCAGAGCGCACCAUGGAUCUGGGCUUGGCCGAGGACCAUUUCUCGCGGCCAGUGGGCCUCUUCCUGGCCUCGGACGUGGAGCAGCUGCGGGUGGCCAUCGAAGAGUGGAAGCAGCGGAUCCUGGAGCUGCCCGAUAACUCCGAGAAGCAGAAGGAUGCCGUGGUGCGGCUCAUCCACCUGCGGCUGCGGCUCCAGGAGCUGAAGGACCCCAGUGAGGAUGAGCCCAACAUCCGGGUGAUCCUGGAGCACCGCUUCUACAAGGAGAAGAGCAAGGGGGUGAAGCAGACCUGUGACAAGUGCAGCACCGUCAUCUGGGGGCUGCUCCAGACCUGGUACACCUGCACGGGCUGCUCCUAUCGCUGCCACAGCAAGUGCCUGGACCUCAUCACCAAGCCGUGUGUGCGCUCCAAGGUCAGCCACCAGGCCGAGUAUGAGCUGAGCAUCUGCCCGGAGACGGGCCUGGACAGCCAGGACUACCGCUGUGCCGAAUGCCGGGCACCCAUCUCUCUGCGUGGGAUCCCAGGGGAGGCUCGUCAGUGUGACUACACAGGCCUCUAUUACUGCAGCAGCUGCCACUGGAAUGACCAAGCUGUCAUCCCCGCCAGGGUCAUCCACAACUGGGACUUUGAGCCCCGCAAGGUCUCUCGCUGUAGCAUGCGCUACUUGGUGCUAAUGGUGUCCCGGCCGGUCCUCAAAUUGCGAGAGACCAACCCUCUUCUCUUCAAUUACGUCGAGGAGCUGGUGGAGAUCCGGAAACUGCGUCAGGACAUCCUGCUGAUGAAGCCCUACUUCAUCACCUGCAAGGAGGCCAUGGAAGCUCGGCUGCUGCUCCAGCUGCAGGACCGGCAGCAUUUUGUGGAGAAUGACGAGAUGUACUCCCUGCAAGACCUGAUGGAUAUCAACGCUGGGCGGCUCAGCUGCUCCCUGACGGAGAUCCACACACUCUUUGCCAAGCACAUCAAACUGGACUGUGAGCGGUGCCAAGCAAAAGGCUUUGUGUGUGAGCUCUGCAAGGAGGGAGAUGUGCUCUUCCCCUUUGACAGCCACACUUCAAUGUGCACAGACUGUUCGGCCGUCUUCCACAGGGACUGCUUCUACGACAACUCCACGACAUGCCCCAAAUGCGCUCGGCUCACUCUCAGGAAAGAGUCGUUGCUCAAUAGGGAGCUGCAAGCCUAAGUGUGACUUCUCUGAAAUGGAGGGGAUGACAGCAAAACCACGGAGUCCCCAGCUUGCCUGUGACUUACCUGUCCUUCUUGAAGGGAAGAAGCUCAGACUGGAGAGGAAAGAAGCCUGCCAGAGGAGGGCGAGAUGGGGAUGCCACGCCCAAGCUGGAGAAGGAUGCUGCCUCUCCACCUCUGGACAGAUGUCAGGAUUCUCCUUGAGUUUCCAAGUCUGAGGGAGUUUAGUCUUGGCUGCAACUGGCAAAGGUGGAGCAGUGGCUGCCAGAUGAGCUUAUGGAAAAUGGUCGCCACCUCCCCUCAGUAACUGGGCAAUCUCAUCCCUGCUUGGCUGGCACGGAGUCCAGCUGUCCUGGCUUCCUUGCAGACCAUGAUAGUUCAGCAAAGGCAAUGGCUGUAGAAAUGGUGGCAUUUGGAAAGUUGUUCCUUUGACCUGGAGAGGCUUGGUUUUCCUUUCCCAUCCGCCCAGCCCAAGAUGGCGGCAAUUGCCAAGACUGGAUAUACUGCAGAAUAGUCUCUGCAGCCAUGAAGAGAGACUAUGGGACUCUUCAUACCACAGUAAUUUAUCACAAGCACUAAAAUCACUUUAAAUAAAGCUAAGCGUAAAUAUUAAAGUCUGAUGUGGUUGAA